AUGAGUUGGGAUCAACAGGCAUACAGCUUUGGGAACGCUCAACCCCCAACUCCCACGCAAACCCCAACAUCUGGACAGUUUCCAAGCCCGACUUUCCAGACGCCGAGAAAUAACUCAAACUUUGAGAGUCGAAGCGGAUGGACCCCAACAUUUGCAGAAGAAUACUCUGUCUUCAACUCUACACCGGGGAGGUUGACGAGCUCUCAACACAACUUUGUGGAAAGUUCUACGCCUGGGCCCUCCACGGCCUCUGCCCAGAGCCGACGUCUUUCCACUACUGGUGAUAUAACAGCGGAGCUUGCAUCUCAUGUUCAUCACUUCUCUCCAAAUCCAGGCCUCCCUCUACCUCCCGUCGAUCCCUCAAAUCAGUUGCCAUCUUCCCCGGGGCCAUACUCUACCACACACAACCGAUUCGAUGACAGCGCAACAAAGAAGAUAACGCCAAGAAAGCCGAAGAAGCGUUUGGAGGAGGCGUUUAGCGGGCAGACGGCUACUCCUCCAGCAUCGACCUCAAAGGGGUCGCGGAAAUUGGCACCGAAAAUCUCAACGGAUAAGAUGCAGAACGAGUCUCAGGACUGCCAUUAUGGCAAUUCACAGACUCCAACCCACCACCCUAAUGUCUUGCCUUUCACCUCCAGCUCGGCAGAGUUCUUUUAUCCGAUGUCUGCCCCCGCUACGGCUCCGGUCUUUGCCAAUACAAAGCCGUUCUGGGAUCCGGAUGCCAGCAUGAGUGGCAUGGAUCUUGACUUUCCCGCGGAUGUUGACCUAUUCAACACAAGCUCACACAGAAUCAGCAACUCCUUUGACUGGGGAAGAAGCAACCAGAUGUUCCAGGAGACGGUGAACGUAAGCCAACCUUCCACUCAACCUGAACAAACAACCACUUCCAAGCGCCAACGACCCCUUGCCCCAAAGCUUCCUACGACGACCGCACAACUGGGAGCAUCUCUUCCACCGUUCGACUUCGACAGCGCCGCUGUAUCUGACGACCCUUUCUCCGUGGCUAAUCUUGGCGGCGGCGUGGAUCCAGGCCUUCUCUUCAGCCGGACCAACUCGGUCAGCAUGCCUUCUGGUUUUGGAGAUAGUGCUCUACCUCCCGCUCGUCCUGUUACGAGUCAUAUGGAGUUGAAGCCAUACCAGCACCAGCUACGAGAGUCACAGAGGGAUCAGGAAGAACUUCGCCGAUCUCGAGGAUCAAGGGAAAACAGCAAGAACCGGCGAAUAGAACGAGGAACGGUUAGCUCCCCUAUCAAGGGGCCAUCGCGACCUGGACUUCAAAGAAGCAUUAGUGACAGCCGGAGCAAGCGGACUCAAGACCGUGUCAUUUCUCGAACCGGACGAAUUUCUCCUGUCAAGCAUCAACGUCCUAUAAGUCUCACUUCUAUCCCUGAAUUUCCUGCGCCACGAACUCGAACUGAAGUCAAGUUUACCAUUGAUGCCAAUGGGAGAGCCCGGACAGAAACUGUGGUUGUUGAGGAAGAGCCAAAGACUGCCCGAGGAGGACCACCAGCCAAUGAGGAAUGGGAUUCGUCCCAGGAUGAAUCUUCUUCGGACGAUGAACCAAUUUUGGUGCCAAGUCGAAACUCGUCAUUUGCCAUUCCACCGCAAUCAAAGGCUCCCAAACUCGCUAGAUUCGAGACUAGCAAUCGAGGGGUGGAUGUCAGAAGGCACAGUGCCAGUGGAUAUACCCAGUCGGAAUCAUCAAGUCAGCGAUCGACCCGGCGUGAUAGCAUGGGGAGUGAAGCGGAAACGGUAAUGGAAGAGGACGACGGUUCUGGAGAUGCUACGCUUGUGCUGCGGAAGAUCAUGGAGGAGAGAAAGAAAAGCCAAUUGAAGGCACGACAUCCUCGCCAUCAUCGAUAUGUCUCUGACAAUACCCCUCGUGGUAAUUCCCAAUACAGCUCCUCCACCAAUAUCUCCCCAACCACCGUCACUGAUCCAGAUGGAGCAACCCCUUCAAGCUCGCGAAGUGGCACUACAAGAUGCGUCUGCAAUAAUCCAGAUAGCGAAGGCUUCAUGAUUCAGUGUGAGUCUUGUGAUAAUUGGCUUCACUCAGAAUGUGUUGGCAUCGAUCGCCGAAGUCUUCCACCCGUUUACAUAUGUGCCUUCUGUGCCCAAACUCCCAAUAUGCGAGGCGGACGCAUCCGGGAGCAAGCUCGAGCCAAUACUCAGCUUGGCUCUUCACCUCUGGCACACAAAUCUUUCAAAUCGUUCCGCUGA